AUGGACUAUCCGAUGCUGGCCGUGGCAGCGCUUCACGGCCACACGGCGGUGGUCGCGGCGCUCCUCGAGGCCAAGGCGGACGUGCAUGCAACGACACCGGGCAUUGCCACGGCCUUGGUUCUGGCAGCCGAGAAAGGCCAUAUCGACGUCAUUGCCCUGCUUUUGACGGCGGGCGCCGACAUCAACCACCGUCUUCCGUCGGGAGCGACGGCCUUGAUGCUUGCUGCUCGCUCGGGCCACGCCACCGUGGUGCAGCAGCUGCUUGAUCGCAUGGCCAACGUCGAUCUUCUCCAAUGGAACGCCAUGACGCCGCUCAUGGCAGCUGCAGGCGCGGGCAGCGAAGCUGUCGCGACGAUACUUCUCGCCGCGAACGCUAACGUCGCGGACCUCGACAUGUUUGGCUGCAGCGCGUUGCACUAUGCGGCAGCAAAUGGACAUGUGGCCAUGCUUCUCGCGCUCUUGAGCGCCGGCGCGUCCAUCGACAUCCUCUCGUCGACUGGGCAAACGCCGCUGUACAUGGCCGCAGAGUACGGCCAUGCUGCCGCGAUGACGGCUCUGCUUGAGGCCGGUGCGAACGUUCACGCUGGCGUUGCGGUCGGUGCUUCGAGCCUCGUUGUUGCGGCUGCGAAUGGCCAUCUCGAAGCCGUCGAGUGUCUUCUCGCCACCAAGAUUGAUGUCAACGCCACCUCGGCAACGACGGGGGCGACCGCGCUCUACAUGGCGGCUGCGAACGGCCACGACGCCAUCGUCCGCCGACUCGCUUACGCCCGAGCCAAGCUCGACCAGCCCGCUUUGGACGAGUCGACGCCGCUGUCGCAAGCCAUCGCCAACGGCCACAUCCGCGUCGUCGACGUUCUCCAAGACGUUCGGGACAAGAAACUGAAGCUGCUGCACGCUGUGCGGCACGGCCACCUCGAGACCACCCAAGCCUUUCUUACCGAGGGGCUCAGCGUCAACGAGAAUGACGAGGACGGCAAUACGCUCGUGCAUCUCGCCGUCUUGGGCCAGCACGACGCGCUACUGGAUGUUCUCUUGGCGCAAGACGGCGUCCAGACCACACACCUUAACAACUUUGGGGAGACGCCCAUGAUGAUCGCUAUCAAGAUGGCCAAGGAAACUCUUGUGACAGCCUUGCAUCAGGCGCAAGCGACGCCCGCUAUCCAGGUCGCGGCCAGCGAGGUCACUCGGCUCCACCCGCUCGGGCACGGCGGCUACGGCGCUGUGUACAAAGGCUCGCUCCACGGCUACGACGUCGCCCUCAAGACCUUGAAAGAUGCCCACGCCAAGGCAGACACCUUGCGCCACGAGAUGGCCGUCAUGGAGGCAAACGUAUCGCCAUACCUGCUGCGGUUGCUGGCAACGGUUGAGAUUGACUCGACCAAUCCGCAGCUCGUACUCGAGUACAUGGACGGCGGCGAUCUCGCCACGCACCUCGAGAAGCUGGCCAAUGAUAACGAAGCCAUGGCGGUGAGCUUCUCGUCCCUCGCCCUCGAGGUGGCGUGGGUGGUGGCCAACGCUUUGAACGACCUCCACGCCAAGAACGUCGUUCAUCGCGACAUCAAGACCGACAACAUCCUCCUCUCGUCCAAGCACUACAUUAAAGUGGCGGACGUUGGCAUCGCCAAGAAGAAGACGACAUGUAUGACAACGGGCAGAGGCACGGACAAGUGGAUGGCCCCCGAGGUGCUGAGGUCGGGCAGCAACUACGGCACGGCCGCCGACAUGUUCUCGUUUGGCGUCCUGCUCGAAAAACUCUUUCCAGGCAUGGCGAGCUACGCUGAGGCCGACGACGCGCCGUGGUAUGUGACGCUGCAUGCGCAAUGCAAGGCGACCGAGCCAGGAAUGCGCCCAACGGCGGCCGACGUUGUCGAGCUCCUGCGUCCGGAACUGCAACGGCGACCGGAGCUCGUCAUGUCGCAACGUGCCUUCGAUGCCGAUCGAGCGAGCGAAAUGGUGUCCCUCGCACCGCUGACAAACGUCCAUCCUGACGUGUCGAAUGCGCCGACGUCGUCGGUUCCACGACCGGCGAUUCGAACGUCCAUGGCCGUUGGCGUUCCCAUCUCGGACAUGACGCCGGAGCAAGCGUUCCUCCGCGCAGUCUACAGGGAUGACGUCGAUGGCGUCAUCGCCCAACUCGACGAUGGCGUGCAUCCCGACUGCGCGACCGAGAUUGGCGAGACGGCACUUCUGGUGGCCGUGAGCCGCGGCCAUGAGCGCGUCGUCGACGUCCUCCUUGCGCGUGGUGCCAAUGCCACCCUCGUUACAACGGACGGGACCUCGGUCUUGCACGUCGUGGUGGCCCAGAAGCGCCUUGCGAUGCUCGACAACCUUGUGGCUGCCGGCGCCCACGUCAGCGCCCGCAACGGCCGCGGCGACACGCCACUCCAUGUAGCCACGAGACUCGACAACGUGGAACUGGUCGAGAAAUUGCUGGCAAAGGGCGCCGACCCCGACCUUGUCAACGAUGAGAAGGCGUCGCCGCUGCACGACGCGGCAGGCAACGGGCGGGACAAAAACAUCGUCGCAGCGUUGCUUGCACGCAUCCAGAACGUCGACCAGCCCUACGGCAUCGACGGCCAUGACUUUGCGGGGGCGACGGCGCUCUACAUGGCGGCGAUGCAUGGCCACGCGGCCGUCGUCGGCAUGCUCUUGGAAGCCGGCGCCGGCGUCGAUGCGGAUGCAAACUCAGUGACGGCUCUGUACGUGGCCGUGCAUGAAGGCCACGCCGACGUGGUGGCUGCGCUUUUGGCCGCGCCCGGCAUUCAAUUCGACCAAGACGACAUGAAUGGCGAGACACUGUUGCACGUGGCCGUGGCGAUGGACAAUACCGACGUGGUGCGCGUGCUCCUAGACGCUGGCUUUGACAUCAACGCGACCAACAAGAAAAACGACCUCGAGGACGCCGCCAAUGCCAACGACUUGGCCAAGGUGCGCUCGCUUCUAAGCCGUCCGUACAACAGCAACGCCCAGAACACGAUGGGGGACUCUUUGGCGCAUUUGGCCGUGCGGGCGCACGACUCGGAGACCCUCGCCUGCCUCAUUGCAACGCCGGGCAUGGAUUUGGAAGAACUGGAUCUGGCUCGUCGAUCUCCGAUGGCGGUCGCGAUCCAGCGCGGCUACCUCGACAUGGCGGGGACCCUCUUUCAUCACCUGCACCGACCUGUCGUGGAGAUCACGGGCAACGACUAUGAGACGUCGACGGAGGAGCUCGGAGCUGGUGGCCAAGCAUUCGUGUAUCGCGGCUCGUAUCAAGGGCGCAAGGUUGCCGUCAAGGUGUCCAAGGGGUCCAAAGACGGCGCUGCGAUGCUGCGUGCCGAAGCCGACGCCAUGGCCAAGUGUCCAUCGCCGUACCUCGUGUCGCUCCUCGCUGUCGCAGACCGCGCGUCGAUGACGCCAGCGCUCUUGCUCGACUACAUGGACUCGGGCACGCUGCGGGGUUACUUGGACCAGAAGCGGUGGCUGCAAACGAGCGAGUUGCAGGUGACCACCCUCGAGGUGGCGUGGGUUGUCGCGAAUGCGAUGAAGGACUUGCAUGCACUUGGGAUCGUUCACCGCGACAUCAAGAGCGAGAACGUCCUCUUGAGCACGGACCACUACGUCAAGCUCGGCGACUUGGGUAUCGCCAAGGUGGCGGCCACGUACAUGACGGACGGCCGCGGCACGGCGCGCUGGACAGCCCCCGAAGUGCUGCGCGUCGACGGCGCAUGCUACGGCACCCAAGCCGACGUCUACUCGUUUGGCGUGCUCUUGACCGAGCUGGAUACGCUCCAGCUGCCGUACUACGACGCCACCGACUUGAUGAAUGACUAUCAGAUCAAGGAGGCGGUCCUCGCAGGUCGCCGCCCGACGUUGACCGAGACGUGCGAGCCGUGGCUACGAGACCUCGUGACGCAGUGCCUCCACGACGAGCCAUCCAAGCGUCCGACGGCCAAUGAGAUUGCCACGACCCUUGCGAAACGUGUGGCCAAAGGCGGCGUGGGCGGUGUACGUCCUUUUAAAGAUGGUCGCUCCAACGUGGUACGAGACGCCUGCUAG